CCCUUUCGCCCUCCGCUGCCGCCGCCGCCGCGGCCGCCAGGGGGGCGCAUGCGCAGCUUGUGUUAGUGAUGGAGGAGAGAAGAUGGCGGAAGCGGAAUUUAAGGACCACAGCACAGCUAUGGAUAGUGAACCAAACUCUGGAACAUCUUCGGUGUCAACAACAACCAGUAGCACCACCACCACCACCAUCACCACUUCCUCUUCUCGAAUGCAGCAACCGCAGAUUUCUGUCUAUAGUGGCUCAGACCGACAUGCUGUGCAGGUAAUUCAACAGGCUUUGCAUCGCCCUCCCAGCUCAGCUGCUCAGUAUCUUCAGCAAAUGUAUGCCGCCCAGCAGCAGCACUUAAUGUUACACACAGCAGCUCUCCAGCAACAGCACUUAAGCAGCUCCCAGCUUCAGAGUCUUGCUGCUGUUCAGGCAAGUUUGUCCAGUGGAAGACCACCUACAUCUCCCACAGGAAGUGUUACGCAACAAUCAAGUAUGUCCCAGACAUCAAUCAACCUCUCUACUUCUCCUACACCUGCACAGUUAAUAAGCCGUUCCCAGGCUUCCAGUUCUACCAGUGGCAGUAUUACCCAACAGACUAUGUUACUAGGGAGUACCUCCCCUACCCUAACGGCAAGCCAAGCUCAAAUGUAUCUCCGAGCUCAAAUGCUGAUUUUCACACCCGCUACCACUGUGGCUGCUGUACAGUCUGACAUUCCUGUUGUCUCGUCGUCAUCGUCAUCUUCCUGUCAGUCUGCAGCUACUCAGGUUCAGAAUUUAACGUUACGCAGCCAGAAGUUGGGUGUAUUAUCUAGCUCACAGAAUGGUCCUCCAAAAAGCACUAAUCAAACUCAAUCAUUGACAAUUUGUCAUAACAAAACAACAGUGACCAGUUCUAAAAUCAGCCAACGAGAUCCUUCUCCAGAAAGUAAUAAGAAAGGAGAAAGUCCAAGUCUGGAAUCACGAAGCACAGCUGUCACUCGAACAUCAAGUAUUCACCAGUUAAUAGCACCAGCUUCAUAUCCUCCAAUUCAGCCUCAUCCUCUAAUAAAACAUCAGCAGAUUCCUCUUCAUUCACCACCUCCCAAAGUUUCCCAUCAUCAGCUGAUAUUACAACAGCAGCAACAGCAAAUUCAGCCAAUCACACUUCAAAAUCCCACUCAAGACCCACCCCCAUCCCAGCACUGUAUACCGCUCCAAAACCAUGGCCUGCCUCCAGCUCCCAGUAGUGCCCAGUCACAGCAUUGUUCACCAAUUCAGAGUCAUCCCCCUCCUUUAACAAUGUCUCCUAGCCAGUCACAGUCAGCACAGCAGUCUGUAGUGGUGUCUCCUCCACCACCUCAUUCACCAAGUCAGUCUCCUACUAUAAUUAUUCAUCCACAAGCACUUAUUCAGCCACACCCUCUUGUGUCAUCAGCUCUCCAGCCAGGGUCAAACUUGCAGCAGUCCACUGCUAAUCAAGUGCAACCUACAGCACAGCUGAAUCUUCCAUCCCAUCUUCCACUUCCAGCUUCCCCUGUUGUACACAUUGGCCCAGUUCAGCAGUCCACCUUGGUGUCCCCAGGUCAGCAGAUUGUGUCUCCAACAUCACACCAGCAAUAUUCAGCCCUGCAGUCCUCUCCAAUCCCAAUUGCAACCCCUCCGCAGAUGUCAACAUCUCCUCCAGCUCAGAUUCCACCACUGCCCUUGCAGUCUAUGCAGUCUUUACAAGUGCAGCCUGAAAUUCUAUCCCAGGGCCAGGUUUUGGUGCAGAAUGCUUUGGUGUCAGAAGAGGAGCUUCCAGCUGCAGAAGCUUUGGUCCAGUUGCCAUUUCAGACUCUUCCUCCUCCACAGACUGUUGCGGUAAACCUACAAGUACAACCAUCAGCAUCUGUUGAUCCACCAGUGGGAAUGCAUUUGAACCAGUGUCAUCUGCACAAAGUUUUUUCUCUUAAGGUUUAUCAAGUAGAAGAUGUAUGUGAAGAAGAAAUGCCAGAAGAGUCAGAUGAAUGUGUCCGGAUGGACAGAACUCCACCGCCACCCACAUUGUCUCCAGCGGCUAUAACUGUGGGGAGAGAGGAUUUAACUUCUGAGCAUCCUUUGUUAGAGCAAGUAGAAUUACCCGCUGUGGCAUCGGUCAGUGCUUCAGUAAUUAAAUCUCCAUCAGAUCCUUCGCAUGUUUCUGUUCCUCCACCUCCACUAUUACUUCCAGCUGCUACCACCAGGAGUAAUAGUACAUCUAUGCCCAGUAGCAUACCCAAUGUAGAAAACAAACCUCCACAGGCUAUUGUUAAACCACAGAUCUUGACCCAUGUUAUUGAAGGCUUUGUGAUCCAGGAGGGAUUGGAGCCAUUUCCUGUGAGUCGUUCAUCUUUGCUGAUUGAACAUCCUGUGAAAAAAAGGCCUAUUUUGGAUAAUCAGAUGAUAAAUUCUGUGUGUGUUCAGCCAGAGUUACAGAAUAAUGCAAAGCAUGCAGAUAAUUCAUCUGACACAGAGAUGGAAGAUAUGAUUGCUGAAGAGACCUUAGAAGAAAUGGACAGUGAGUUGCUCAAGUGUGAAUUCUGUGGAAAGAUGGGAUAUGCUAAUGAAUUUCUGCGGUCUAAACGAUUCUGCACUAUGUCAUGUGCCAAAAGGUACAAUGUUAGCUGUUCUAAAAAAUUUACACUUAGUCGUUGGAAUCGUAAACCUGAUAAUCAAAGUCUUGGGCAUCGUGGCCGUCGUCCAAGUGGCCCUGAUGGGGCAGCAAGAGAACAUAUCCUUAGGCAGCUUCCACUUACUUAUCCAUCUGCAGAAGAAGACUUGGCCUCUCAUGAAGAUUCUGUGCCAUCUGCUAUGACAACACGCCUGCGCAGGCAGAGUGAGAGGGAAAGAGAACGUGAGCUUCGGGAUGUGAGAAUGAGGAAAAUGCCUGAAAACAGUGACUUGCUGCCAGUUGCACAGACAGAGCCUUCUAUAUGGACGGUUGAUGACGUCUGGGCUUUCAUCCAUUCUUUGCCUGGCUGCCAGGAUAUCGCAGAUGAGUUCAGAGCACAGGAGAUUGAUGGACAGGCUCUUCUCUUGCUAAAAGAAGACCAUCUUAUGAGUGCAAUGAAUAUCAAGCUAGGCCCGGCCCUAAAGAUCUGUGCACGUAUCAACUCUCUGAAGGAAUCCUAACAGGAUCACGAGGUUUUGUGGUAACAGGAUUUUUAUUCUUCAUAAACAAAUAUGUAAGGUAAAGGCUCAAGUUGGCCUAGAAUAUUGUCACUUAUCAUGGUGGACAGCCAAGCACAUGGGGAUCUCCACAUCAAAACCUGACAUUUCUUCUACAGAUAUAAUAAUGCAUCAUACAUUUUCAUAGUUAGCCAACAUUGGUAAAAUUCAUUUUACAGGUUACACACAAUAUUGAAAGACUUGUUAUAGAGGGCCAUGAUAUUUUUCAAAGUGUUUUACUAAAUAAUUUUUUUAAAGGCAAUGUUUAUCAUUAAUAUAAAAAAAAUCCUUAAAAGUAAUUUAAUGAUUUACAUUUCUCCUUUUUUGAUUCGGUUUUCUUAUACAUUUUUGUACCGUAUAAGUUUUCUAUAGGUUGUCAUGAGAGAUAUAAUUUAGGAGUAAUUUAGGAAUAAUUUAGGAGUCCAGUGACUGGAAUUAUAUGCAGUGAGCUAUCAGUGUGUGUUUAAAAAACAUGUCUAUUAGACAAUUGUUUUGUCUAUAAAAAGGAUUGCAUUCUAGCAUGAAUAAUAAUACUGAUCUGGAAGUUAGAAGAGUUGGUUUCUGUUCCAUACUUGACCAAGAAUUUGGUAUGACUGAGGAAGUUAGUUUUCCUCUUAGUUUUUGUUCAUUUAGAGCAGUGGUUCUCAACAGAGGUCAGUUUUGCUCCCCAGGGGACAUUUGACAAUGUCCGGGGACAUUUUGGUUGUUGUAGGUUGGGGUGGGGGAAGGUUACUUCUGAUAUUUGGAACAUAGCCUACAGGGAUGUUGCAAUUAUCCUACAAUGCACAGGAUAGUCCUCUGUAACAAAGAGUUAUCUGGUCCAAAAUGUCAGUAGUGCCAAGGUUGAGAAAUCCUGAUGUAGGAGUGAUAAAUAUUGGUCUUUUUCACCCAAAGGUAUAUUUUGGAAAAAAAAGAGACAUAAUAAGGAAUACAUUCAUUAUACAAUGGAAGUAUUUCAAAUAGCAUUAAUAUUCUGCUGAAGUAUUUUUCCUGGUUUUAUGCAUUCUAGAAAAAGGGGGGAAAUUCAUUAAGUUGGCCUAUAAAAUAAGGACUAGCAUACCAUUAAUUUGAUUCUCAGUAUUCAUAAUAAUUAUUUUUCAUAUCUUUCUGCACUGAUGAAGACAUGAUAUGAUUAUGAACCAGUGCACAGCCUUUGCUGGCUGGACAAUAGUUUGCAAUGGCUAUGUGGUUGGUCUUUAGAUUUUUCUAGUGUGGAACAUGCUGGGUCUAGCUAGAAUGCACAUUCCUUUCUCUUAACUGAGUCCUUGUAUGCUUCCUGCAAGGCACUUGUCCAACUGAUCUCUUUUGGAAAAUCAGAUCUAAUUUUGUAGGUACAUGUUUUAGGGGAAAAAAAAUUUAAAGCAAAACCUUUCAUUGAACAGUUAAUGUUCUUCUGUUAGAAUUAUGGCACCAAAACAAAAUUGCUAUGGGAGCCCUGUAAAGUUUAAAGUCCUGGACAUCAAAAAUAUUUUAAUCUUUUUUAAUAGUAUUCCAUUGUAUUUACCACACAAUGGAAGUGUUUUAAUAACUGAAAGAACAUACACAGUUAUUUGGCAGAAGUUCAGUAAGUGGGGAAGAGUCCAUGGGUUUCAGUCAUUGGCACUGCUCUUUUCAAAAAGAUUGUGUUACGCUAGUAGAAGACUAAAGAUGUCAUUAAAGACAUCACAGAUAUUUAUCUUUUGGCUUUGUGUACAUUAGAGAAUGUUGAUUAUUUUUAUACAGAAAUACAGCGGGUAAUUUUUUUAACCUUUAGAUGCCUCUCAUUUGAAUGUAUGCUUUGUGGAAUUCUUUUGUGUAGUAAUGUUUAAAAAAACAAAAGAUGUUUAUUGAUAGUUAUGUGUAGGAUUAGAAUACGUAAUAUAUAGUGUAAGGCUCAUAUUCCAGACCUACAAUAGCUUGUAGUCUAUGUCACAUAUUUCUUUAUAUCACAUUUUAAAUUAUUGGAUUAAAGUUUCGAGGAAAGGUUAGGUACUCUAUAGUCAAUCUUCAUUUAUUAGUAGUUAAUCAUUAUGACAGAGUUGUCAUAUGUUUGACUUUCCCCCUCAUCUUGCAAUUUCAGAAUGCAAGUAUAGGUUAAGCAUAAGAAGGAGUUGGUCCACUGUAUGGGGGCUGAGGGACACAAAGGAAAAUCUCCCCUGGAAUUAAGACUUUGUCACAGAUAAUCCACAAAUAAUUUAUGCAGAAUUGGUUCUUUGGGGAUACACUCCCUAGCAAUAAUGAUUACCUCCCAUAACAAUAUUAUCUGUAGCCUUUAAGGUAUUAACUUGGAACUGUUAGAGGUUCUCUUCCUGUUUACUACCCUCUUCUUCGGUUGUUGUGUAUUUACUGAAAGCCUCUGUGCCUAGCACUGUGUUAAGUAUCCAAGAAAGCAUAGAAGAGGGGUUUCCAUUCGAGAGCACCUUAUAAUCCUAAAUCUUAUUUAUAUCUUAAGAAUAGUCCAGAUCUUUUCUCUCCACUCAAAACAUACCCAGAAGAUACAUUUGCUUUUUUCAAGAGUUAUUUUAUUUAGUAAUGGCUCAUUUACUUUUAAUCAGUGGUUUUCUUUUUGAUGCAGCUUUUCUUUCUGGAUGAUUGAACCAUCUGAAUUUCAGAAUUUCAGUUAUAUAUAUUGGAUAUAAAUGAUAACACUGGGUGUCCACCUCUCUCCUGAGCUUUAAGCACAGUUUUAGUAUGAAAUAGAUGGGGAGGUUGCUGUUAUUUUCAUUUUCCUUCAUACUGUUUUAGGAUUUGAUUGAGGAGAGGGACGGACAAACAGAAAGGGGACAUGGGAAGUUCUUUCUACCUUUGCUACCUAAGUUUGCAUUUUCUGAUUUCUUUACAACAAUGCAGUCUUUUCCCAUUGAGGAAGAAAAUCUCUGCAAGUUUGAAAUUUUAUUUGCUCUAAGCCAUGUGUUCCUAAGGAAGUAAAUAAAACAGGAUUGGUUUGUAAAAGUUUUUCCUUACAUGACAUGCAUUUUCAUCAAGCCUUCAGGCAUGUGUCUCAUGCAGCUUUGAUGUAAUAAGUGAAAGUGCUGUCCCAAAACCUGUCACUUAUUAAAGUUUCUGGUAAUUUUUCCAUGAUGGUAUUUUUAAUUUGCUGGGGCAUCCUUUAAACAGACCUUUUUUUAAAGUCCCCAUUUAAGGACUGUCCCCUUGGAGUAGAGAACCUGGAAUAGGAGGAAAGAAAUGUUAGUGAAGAAGCUUGAGAAUGGAAGAAAGGCAGACCAGAAACCUGCCACUUUGUUAGUUUAUCCCACUUCAACACUGAACAAAUUUCUGCACUUUUGAAGUUAAUUCAUGUUUUACCUAGUUUUAAAUAGAAAUGACUUUUUUUAGGUAGCCCAUUUUAUUUGUGUUUCCUUGUGUUGAAACAGUUAAACUAUAUGAAAUAAGUAUUGUUGUACCCAUACCUUUGAAUAAUUUUCAACAUAGAUAAUCUUCCUAUAUCUGGUAUGAUAUUCUACUCAGACAUUUAUUAAAAUCGCAGUUUUAGAUUGAAAUCUGUUCUAGUGCCCCAAGUCACUGACUUGUUCAAUUAAAUGUUAUAAAGUCCUGUUAUUUGCAUUUUCAGGGUUUUGGUACCACCAUGGCACAAGUAUGGUAGAGAGGUAAUAUAUAGAUUGUAUAGUCUUAGGCUGUGUUUACAUAUGUGUAAACAAUCUUGGAAAGAAUAACUGUUAAAGAUGUAUUUGAUGGAUGCUGUCCUCAUUGCCAUAAGGAGUGGAAGAAACCCUUGGCUUAACACACUGUUAAAAUGUUUCAAAGAUAUAUUUUCAACCAGAACAGCCUAGUCAUAUUUUGUGGUUUGAAGAUCCUCCCCCUUAGUCAAUGGCAAGAACUCAAGUUGCCGCUAUGCGGUAGGCACUGGGCAUUAUUGCCUAAGAGCAUGAAAGGGCCUCACUCCCCCUCACCUCCUCUAGCCUCAAGUAAACUGUGUGAAAACUUUCUUAGACCUUUGCCUGAAGAUCCCUACAGAAGAUUUUAUAGUGGGAUUAAUUCUAGGGAGGUAACUGAGACAGGACUUUGUAAUACCUAGCAGUCAUGUCUCCAUGAACCCGCUGGGCAGUGGAAACUGACCAUUUAUGCACAGUGUUUCCUCAGUCUUUUUCCUGUGCACCGCAUGUUACUAUAACUGGGCUUUGGGGAAGGUUUUCUAGGGAAAAGGGUGGGGAAGUGGAGGGGACAAAUAGGAAAAGCAUUCCAGAUCCAAGAGGAUAAUAUAGUUAACUAAGGUCGUGUAGCAUAGAUAUGGCCAUCAGUGGUUCAAAAUAGUAAAUUGUAAUGGUUGGAUCCCAGUUAGAGCAAUAAACAGGGUAUGGCUUUUUUUUUUUUAUGUCAAGAUUUACCUAUAAUCAUAGUCUUUCAUUCUCUUUAUCAAGUUAUCUUGCCUUUAGGAGUGUAUUAAUAGUUCCAAGGAUACAUAAAUUGGUGAUUUCUUUUUCUUUCUUUCUUUCUUUUUUUUUUUUUUUUUUGCCACAGCAUGUGGUAGCUUAAUGUGGGCUCUCAGUUGCCAGACUAGGGAUUGAACUCAAGCUGCAGCAAAGUGCCAACUCCCAACCACUAGACCACCAACAAACUACCUAUAAAUUGGUGGUAUUUGACUUCUGAAAGAGGUGACUAUUAUAGUGGAGAAUAUCUGUCAAAAACUGAAAGGUUAAUUGUUAUGAUUGAGUUAUCAGAAUUAUAGAGGAGAAAGUAUCCAUUUUUAAAUACUACAGUUGAAUCAGUCUUGUGGAUUGUUACAAAGAAAGUUGUUUUUAAGAUAGUAUUUUGUUAGGCUGUGUCUCAGUGUAAGAACUAGAUGACUAAGAUAGGGUUCUGUUUAUUAGUGCAGAUUUCAGUAAAUACAAGCCUACCUCUAUUUCUUUGAUGCACAGUAGUGUGGGUCAUGAAAAGAACUGUUUAAUCCACAUUCAUCAAUAUUGUUAUUUUCUGAAUCUAUUUAGAGCAUUUUAUUUCAUCUUAGUAAUUGUGAUUCAAUUAAAUAAGCACAAACACAGUAUUAGGGAAAGUAAAUAUGCAAUCUUAGUAAAAUUAAAUUUCAGCCUCUUGUAUAAGCUGUACAUCUUUUAAAAAAUUCUUUGGGAAGAUAUUCCUCUUUUGUUAUAAGUUCAUAACAUGUCAUUAUAUAGUUUCCCUUAUAGCAUUAAUAUAAGCCAUUUCUUUAAUAAAAAAUAUUGAAAAUUAUAUUAUCUUCUUUGGAAAAAGUUUCCUAAAUUUUUAAGAAUUUAAAAGUUUUACAUAUUUUUCAGAGCUUAAUCUAUUUUAAAGUAAUACUAUGAGAAAGCUUUUUUUUGAAAGUUGAAAAGCACUAAUACAAAUAUAAUUAUUACCAUCAUAUUCCAGAGCAGAACAUCUGCCUUUUCCUGAACUGUCACUUUAGUACACAUACAUGGAAAGGGAGACCUGCCCUCCUUUUCAGAUCUGAAGUCCAGCUUCCCUAAUGAAAACUCUCCCAUUCUUCUCUAACACAUGAACUCACACCUCAUAAGUGCCAUGUUUAUGGACACUUUUGGUAAAUGUUUUAUUUUUUCCCUUUUUAUAGCUUGUGAACAUUUGGUUUUACUUAACAUGACAAUUUCAGCCUCGAGUAUUAGAGAAGAGGUACAUUAGAAAAAUAUUUUUGGAAUUCUUGCUGUGGUGCAGAUGGGUUAAGGAUCUGGUGUGGUGUUGCAGCUGCAGCUCGGAUUUGAUCCCUGACCUGGGAACUUCCAUGUGCUGUGAGUGUGACCAAAAAAAUCAUAUAUAUAUAUAUAUAUAUAUAUAUAUAUAUAUAUAUAUGUAAAAAUCAUACAUAUUUUUUUUCCUACUGUCCUUGAAAAGUACAAUUGCUUUCAAUGAUAUUGGUGGUGUCAGUACAAAUCCACAGAAAGAAAACCUGUGUGAAGUUUUAAAAAUGUAUUGUUUAAAAGGAGUAAUGAAUGAAUUUAAUUUGGAAAAAAGAAAAAACAAUAUAAAUUUAAAGCCCUAUUAGGCUAACCUGGUAUAAUUUUAAAUGUAAGAGUAAUAAAAUAAGUCCUUUUAGACUACCUAUUUAAAUUGACUCCAGUUAUCUUAAGGAUGGAUAGUAGCCAUCAUUUACUGACUUAAAAGUUAUACUUUAGGGACUGUUAUCAGUGUUAAAUCCUUGAUUUUGUGGAGCUUUAAUUUAUGGAGGUGAAAAAGUUGGUAUUUAUAGAGAAGGGUGGGGAAUGGUAAUGAAAUGAACAUUAACUAUUUUAGAAAGGAGGAAGUUUUUUAGUCUUGCUUCAGGCAAACCAGAUGUGUCCAUUGCUUAAAAUCUUUGGAAUGCUUGUGUUAAAGUCAUUUUGUUGGAGUUCCCAUUGUGGCGUAGUGGAAAUGAAUCCAACUAGGCACCAUGAGGUUGUUGGUUCGAUCCCUGGCCUCACUCAGUGGGUUAAGGAUCCAGCGUUGCUGUGAGCAGUGGUGUAGGUUGCAGACUUGGCUUGGAUCUCGCGUUGCUGUGGCUCUGGCAUAGGCCGGCGGCUACAGCUCCGAUUGGACCCCUAGCCUGGGAACCUCCAUAUGCCAUGGGUGCGGCCCUAAAAAGACAAAAAAAAAAGUCACUUUGUUUUAGGUAGUAAAUAAUCUACUUUGGUAGUAAAUAAUAGAUGAACAUAGUAGUUAAAUUAACAUGAUAAAUGAAGAUAAAACACUGGCUAGGAAACUGGGGUUUUACUUCUGGUUGGUGGAUUAGCUAUUUGUGACACCUUAGGCAGUUACUUAGUUUUUAACCUGUUUCUUUCUUAUUCAGAAAUAAGAGAACAUGUACUACCCAAAAUGUUGAUUUUGCUUAAAUCAUCUUUAUGCUUACAUAAAACUAUGAUUCUAAGUCACAUAAUGGAGUAUUUUUUAAAGUUGCUCCCACUUAAUUCUCUUAAGUCUCUUAAUUUCCUUUUUUAAUGAUUCAUUUUAUAUUUAAGAGCUUUUGCUAAGAGAUCAUUAUUUAUGAAGCAUCUACUUCCUGGGUCACCCACAGUCUUUGUUCUCCUAAGGAUAAAGAUAGAAAUUUCACAUAGACAGCAAAGGAGGAUAUUUUUCUUUCUAAAUGCUUCUUGCUAAACCACUGGACAUAUGAACUCAUCUGAAUAUUGUUAUUCAUGCAUUUAUCUAUUCAUUUAGCAAACCAUUUGAACACUUACUAUGCAGUGUGUGGUAUACCUGACUUAAGGAACUAGUAAUAAGUAAACAUAAUCCUCCAUUUUUGAUUGUGAUUUAAAGAAACAUGUACAUAAUUAUUAUUACAUAAUGUACUGAAUGUAAAGUUGGAACUGAGAGGGGAUUUUUAUGCAUUGGGUAAAGGAUUAGGCUAGAUGAUAUCUAAUGGGUCUGAGUGAAUGAAUCAUAUGACAAUUCCUAUAACACAUUUCCACUUACUAAUCCAUCACCAUAUACCUGAUUAGUUUACAAAAUUAAAGGUACCUACCUAACAUUAGGAUUUACAUUUUGAAACUGUUGUGACAGCCCGUAUUUCUCAGAAUUAUUUGGACACUUGAAUCUAUUCCAGAGGUGUUGCCAUGCAGGGUGUGAACAAUACAAAGGAGCUGAUGCUGACAUACUAUAUACAUUUUGAACUCUGAAAGCUUUAUAUCCAGUAGUAACAGUGCAGUAACUUUCAAAAACUGAAAAAUAUCAAAGGAUCUUGCUGAGCAGGUUUGGUUUUUAUUUUGGUUUUUUGUUUCUUUUUAAAGCAAGGAAGAUUGCAUAAACUUUGACUAUCAUUAAAAGUAUUUACUUUUUAGAAAGCACACUUAUAUUACAGAGUAAAAGGGUUUUUCCUUUAAAAUGCAGAACUGGUAAACAGUAAAACAGUUCCAUGGUUGUAGCUUCAAUUGACAGGUAUUUGGAGAGUAAACACAGAGUGGGAGAAUGGAUUAACUAGAUAGGAGGUCCCUUGCCACCCCGGGAGUCUGUGAAUUACAUUGUAAUUCCCACUGAGGCAGCUUUACAUAUUAAUGUCACUCCAUACUGACAUUCUCCACAAAGAUACAAAAUGAAAAUAUAUUUAAAAGAUCUUUAAUGCAUCAUAAUCACAACCUUUUAAAGCAGGAAAAUGUACAAAUAAGUCUUAGAUUAGAAUCUGUAUUAAAGUGUUUGUAAACAGGAACACUAACAUCCAAGUAACCAGAUAAUCUGGGUUUAAAAUAAUUUUCCCAUGGUACUGGUUAAAACUUUGAAACUAUUUUAAUUCACUUAGUUUUUCAGAUAUUUUAUGCUGUAAAAAUAUUACAUACUUUUUAUAUGUGUAUUCUUAAAUUUUAAAAAAUCACUGGGAAUGGGCAAAGAUGGUAUAAUUUUGGACGUCUAAUUUCCAAGACAUUUAACUAGAUUCCUAAUUGCCUCAUUCAAAAGCUUGGAUUUUUGUUUUCCCCAUAGGAAAGGCCAAAUUAAGCUCCAGAGACUAUCCUUGAAGUAAGGGGUGAUCUUGUGGUAAAGGUUUGGAGUUUUAGGCAGCAGUGUGCAGGCAUUUCAGGCCUCUUUGUUGAAUUAGUGCUUUUUGUGUUCUUGCUUGUCAGAAACAUUCUCUGUUGUUGAUUUAACAAAAGCAAAUUGUGAUAAACUGUUAAAAAUUUUUUUGAUGCUUCAAGCACAUGGUUAACUGAUUUUUUAAAAAUUCCUCCGUUUGGUUCCUCCCACUAUCCUAAAUAGGACUUUCAUAUUAUUAAAACCUCAAACACUGAUCCACCCAGGAUGAACUAAGCAUCACCAAGGGGAAAGAAAACAUUUUUUAUCUUUACAAAAAACAAAUAUUAAGAUUAUAUAUAUAGGUGUAUUCUUUAUGUUGGAUAUUGUACUAGAGUCCUCCUUACAGGCAAUGGAAUAGUUUAGCACCCUUAGCAUUAGCAUUCCUAGAUUGGUGUCUGUAGCUACAGUUUUAAAAUGUAUAACCUGAAAAUGAAGUUAAUUUUGCAUUUUAAGAGCACACCAUGAUCUAUGUAAAAAGAUUGUCCAUUUGGUGUAUUUUUUUAAAAAAGAGAAAGCACUUUCAUAUUAACAAGUAGCAUGUGUAUGAAUUUUAAAUUUUCAUAUUUGUUGUGUCUGUAUUCAGUGAAGUAAAAUUGAACAUUCAAAUGUUUGUUGAUGGCAACAUUAACUGUUAAAUUAAAGCACCUUAUACUCUGCUGCUUAAACUUGCUUGUAAUUGCACCUUUGUUACCUGCACAUUUUCACACAGAAUAUUGUUGUAACAUUGCUUCAUGUGGGUCUGGAUGGAAGGUUAGUGGGCCUACAGGAUCAUUUAUUUAUAUUGUUUAUAUUACAAUAAUAUAUUGUAGACCAGUUGUAAGUUCAUUUCUUUAAAAAAUAAAAGCCUCUUCCAUU